AUCUUACCUUUUUGUUUUCUUUUUUCUAGUUUUUUAUGUUUUUAAACCCCGUUUCAUUUCUCAUGUUUUCACUUUUUUGACAAUUGGCCUUUUUUCUUUUGGGCUCCGAUUCUGUCAUAAAGGAUAGCAAAACCUGUUUCAACCAGUCAGCCCAAUCACGGACCGCUGCUUAUCCCCAUUUCACACACCAGUGCCAGUAUUAGUGGAUUGCAGAACUGGGUUUCUUCAAAAAAGCUUCAUUCUUCCUACUUAAGGCUAAAUCCGCAGAUCUUUGCCCUAAAAUUCCUCAUCUUCUAACAUAAACCUUCACUUAUCAAGUGUUUUUUUUUUCAAAGAAGAAAUACAGCGAUUUCCGUGCCUCAUGUAUCAGUUACUGUUAUUGGUCUCAUGUAAAGAACACAAGGUGUUUAACAUAAUUUUUUUCACUUCGAUGGAUCUGUAAGUCUUGAAGUGUAAUACACAUUGACAGAAAGUUCAAGAAAUUUUUAAAAGUUGCUAGCUAGGGAAAGUUUUUGGCAGAAGCAGAGAUGAUUCAGUUGUUGUUUUUGGUUCUUUUUGCUGAGGGUGCUUUGGCUUUUCUUUUAUUGGUAAAGAUUGGACCUUUCAGAGAGCUUGUGAUAAAGAGUUUGGAUCAGCUGAAGAUGGGGAAAGGUCCUGCUACUGUGAAAACUAUUGCCGGUACUAUGUUUGUGAUUCUUCUGUCAAGCCUCACCAGCAUUGUGAAGAUCCAGAACAAAGGUGCGAAGCUGGGUACCAUGUCACCAAUGGAUCAGGUUCUUUGGAGAACUCAUUUGCUCGAGGCUUCACUCAUUGGCUUUACCCUGUUUCUUGGAUUCAUAAUAGAUCGCACCCAUCAUUAUCUUACAAAGCUUAUUCAGUUUAAGGAUGGUGUGGAAUCUUCAAAAGAGGAAGUUAUAUCUCUACAAAAAGAAAAAAUGCAGCUUAAAGAGGAGGAGGAGACAACUUCGAAGGAAAUGAAGCAGCUAAAAGAUGAACUUUUAUCUCUAUCAGAGAAACUAAAGAAGCUAAAGUUCGAAUGUGAAGAAAAGGACAAGAAGCUUGAAACAGCUGAAGCUCAUGUCCUCUCCCUCCAGAAACAAUCUGCUGAUCUACUGCUUGAAUAUGACCGUUUAUUAGAAGACAACCAAAAUCUUCAGAAUCAAGCUCAAGGAUACAAGAGUUGAGAAAAUUUUGAAUGACACCAACAAUUCAAGUUCUGAAAAUUACUUCUUUCAAUGGUGAUGUUGAAUAAACAUCUCCAAAUUUCACGGAAAUGCUCCCGGGUUGUUGAUUUGGAAGGAGUGAAGGGGCCUGGCUAUCGUUUUGCCUACCCAGUGUUGUUGAAAAUUUGCAAUUAUCCUAAUGUAGAAAUUUUUGUUUGCUCAGCUUUUGUUUCCUGGUGUUUUAAGGAUUUUUAUAUUUAUUUUUUGAAAAAAAAAAAAAACUGAUAUUGCAAGUUAGAUUUUCCUUGCGAUUCAAAUCAGUUAGCCGGUACAAGAGUGUUGGAAAUUGCCAGAUAUCAUAAUCAAGCUCAGAUUUCAGGAA